UACUUCCGGUGGGGAAGUAGAAGGAAAGGCACCACCGGAACCCAGGAAGGUGCUGUGUAAUCAUUGUGGAGCUGUAACGCCUGGUCAGCCAGAAUGCCGGAUUACCUCGGUGCGGAUCAGCGGAAAACCAAAGAAGAUGAGAAGGACGACAAGCCCAUCAGAGCCCUGGAUGAGGGGGAUAUUGCCUUGCUGAAAACUUAUGGUCAGAGCACUUACUCUAGGCAAAUCAAGCAAGUUGAAGAUGACAUUCAACAACUUCUCAAGAAAAUUAAUGAACUCACUGGAAUUAAAGAGUCUGACACUGGCCUGGCCCCACCUGCACUCUGGGAUUUGGCAGCAGAUAAGCAAACACUCCAGAGUGAACAGCCUUUGCAAGUCGCAAGGUGUACAAAGAUAAUCAAUGCUGAUUCAGAAGACCCAAAAUAUAUUAUCAACGUGAAGCAGUUUGCCAAGUUUGUGGUAGACCUCAGUGAUCAGGUAGCACCUACUGACAUUGAAGAAGGGAUGAGAGUUGGUGUGGACAGAAAUAAGUAUCAAAUUCACAUUCCACUGCCUCCCAAGAUUGAUCCAACAGUUACCAUGAUGCAGGUGGAAGAAAAACCUGAUGUCACCUAUAGUGAUGUGGGUGGUUGUAAGGAACAGAUUGAGAAACUUCGAGAAGUAGUUGAAACCCCACUACUUCAUCCAGAGAGGUUUGUUAACCUUGGCAUUGAGCCUCCCAAGGGUGUGCUGCUAUUUGGUCCUCCAGGCACAGGCAAAACACUCUGUGCGCGGGCAGUUGCUAAUAGGACUGAUGCUUGCUUCAUUCGAGUUAUUGGAUCUGAACUUGUACAGAAAUACGUCGGUGAGGGGGCUCGAAUGGUUCGUGAGCUCUUUGAAAUGGCCAGAACAAAAAAAGCCUGCCUUAUCUUCUUUGAUGAAAUUGAUGCUAUUGGAGGGGCUCGUUUUGAUGAUGGUGCUGGAGGUGACAAUGAGGUACAGAGAACUAUGUUGGAGCUGAUCAAUCAGUUAGAUGGUUUUGAUCCUCGAGGCAACAUUAAAGUGCUAAUGGCCACCAACAGACCCGACACUUUGGAUCCAGCACUGAUGAGGCCAGGGAGACUGGAUAGAAAGAUUGAAUUUAGCUUACCUGAUCUAGAGGGUCGGACUCACAUCUUUAAGAUACAUGCUCGUUCAAUGAGUGUUGAAAGAGACAUCAGAUUUGAGUUGCUAGCACGACUGUGUCCAAACAGCACUGGUGCUGAGAUUAGAAGUGUCUGCACAGAAGCUGGUAUGUUUGCCAUCAGAGCACGGCGAAAAAUUGCUACUGAGAAGGACUUCUUAGAAGCUGUAAAUAAGGUCAUUAAGUCCUAUGCCAAAUUCAGUGCUACUCCCCGAUACAUGACAUACAACUAAACCCUGAAGUCUUCAUGAAGAUGUUGUUUCCUUUAAUUGGAAUCCAAACCCUAUACAGGCUUGUUAAUAACCAUUUCACACAAGAAAUAAAUGGUUUCAGUAUUGUAUGCUUUUUGGAUGUCUUUUUCUCUGUACCACAAUAAAAGUAAUGAUAUCAGAUGU